ACAGCACCUCCCUGAAAACUGCAACAUUUUCCUCACCUGGAAGAGUAAUUCCAGAAGGUUCACAAAAUGUGUGAUGCAUUUGUAGGAACCUGGAAACUGGUCUCCAGUGAAAACUUUGAUGAAUACAUGAAGGAAGUGGGCGUGGGUUUUGCCACCAGGAAAGUGGCAGGCAUGGCUAAACCCAACAUGAUCAUCAGUGUGAAUGGAGAUGUGAUCACCAUUCGAUCAGAAAGUACCUUUAAAAAUACUGAGAUCUCCUUCAAACUGGGCCAGGAAUUUGAUGAAGUCACCGCAGAUGACAGGAAAGUCAAGAGCCUCAUCACCUUAGAUGGAGGUGCCCUGGUACAGGAGCAGAAGUGGGAUGGAAAAUCAACCACCAUAAAGAGAAAACGAGAAGAUGAUAAACUGGUGGUGGAAUGUGUCAUGAAAGGCAUCACUUCCACCAGAGUUUAUGAAAGAGCCUAAGUCAAGGGACAUGGACCUGGACUGAAGUUUGCAUGGAACUCUGCAACAUUCUAAUGAAUGUAUUGUUCAAAAACAUAUCAUUAUUUGCCAUUAACAAGUGACUAAUCUUUCCUAAGCUGAAUUUUGUUGAACAUGGUUAUGUUGGUUAAAUAAAACUUUUCAGAUUUAGA